AAUCAUGGGCAAAGAUACGUGUUCCCACGUGCUUGGUCCGGAGGACACGCGUGACAUCACGUAGUGGCAGUUUCGUAAAUAUAGGGUCAAAUGUAGGGUAAAUUGGAUAGUCUUGCCUAUUUGUAAUGAAAGUAUUAAACAGCUUCUCCUCUGGCACGAGAGAGUUCUUGAUUAGCUUAAGCUCCUUCAUCUUCUUCUUCUCCAAUUCCUCCGAUCACUGGAAAAUUUAACAACCGUAGAGUCCACUGAGCAUCUUGAUCCUCCGCCUUCAGCUUAAGCUACCUUUAUCCUCAAACAAGCUUAAGCUUCUUGAAACUUUUAGAGUGAUCGGAGAUUGUCUGAGCACGCAAGUAUCGAUCUUUCCAGAUCUGAGGGUACUGUUUCAGAGAAGGUUCAAGCUAAGCUUGAGAAUUGUCUAUCUGAUCUAUCUUUAAAAACAGAGUGAUGACGUCAGGGACGAGGAUGCCGACGUGGAGGGAGAGAGAGAACAACAAGAGGAGAGAGAGACGGAGGAGAGCGAUCGCGGCGAAGAUCUUCACCGGGUUGAGAAUGUACGGAAACUACGAGCUUCCUAAGCAUUGUGACAACAACGAAGUGCUUAAAGCACUCUGUAACGAGGCUGGUUGGAUCGUUGAACCAGAUGGUACUACUUAUCGCAAGGGAAGUAGUAGACCAGUAGAGCGUAUGGAGAUAGGUGGCAGUCCAUGCUCCUCCAACUUCAUGAGUCCAGCUUCUUCUUCUUUCGCUAAUCUCACACCUGGAGAUGGCCAAUCACUCAUCCCAUGGCUCAAACACCUCUCGACAACUUCCUCCUCCUCAGCUUCUUCAUCAUCAAGGCUCCCUAAUUACCUCUACAUCCCUGGAGGCUCCAUAAGCGCUCCUGUAACCCCACCUUUAAGCUCUCCGACAUCUCGUGGAAUGAACCAACAAAUCAACAACUCUUUCUUUGUCUCCUCAACACCUCCUAGUCCCACUAGGCAGCAAAUUAUCCCUGACUCUGAAUGGUUCUCAGGGAUUCAACUUCCGCAAAGUGUACCAGCUUCACCAACGUUUAGCCUUGUCUCACAAAACCCUUUUGGAUUCAAAGAAGGAGGAGGUGGAGGCGGGUCAAGAAUGUGGACACCAGGUCAAAGCGGGACAUGUUCACCGGCUAUUCCUCAGACAGCUGAUGUUCCAAUGUCUGAAGCCGUUGUGGCUCCUCCAGAGUUUGCGUUUGGGAGUAACGCAAAUGGGUUGGUGAAGGCAUGGGAAGGAGAGAGGAUACAUGAGGUGAGUGGUUCUGAUGAUCUUGAGCUCACUCUUGGAAACUCAAGCACCAGGUAGUUGCAGCUCACCUGUACAUUUUCCUUACACUCUUGAAAAAACCGGUUCAACCAAACCAUCCUCAAUAUGUUUGCUUCAGUUUUAUUUUAAUUUAUUUUUCCAUGUAAGGGCUCAAAGUGAAACACAGCUUUAUAUAUUCGUUUAUUUGAUGAUGAGAAUUCUUUUGUUGUGGGAUUACUCAUGAAUCCCAUUUCUCAA